AUUCGCAUAUCCAAUUUGCUGACAGGUAUCAGCUGUGCCAGUAAACAAAGAGACGCGAAUCGAGAUGGAUACGGAAGGAAAUGCUGAGGAAAAUAAGGAAACUGUCGACGAAGACGAGGAUGAGGAUCAAUCCGACGAUUCCCUAGAAGCCAGGGGAAAUGAUAAUUGGUUCUACAUGCCGGAUUCCCUUAUUCUCAGCAUUUUCCGGUACCUUUCGCCAAAGGACUUGCUCACUGCUGGCGAAGUCUGCAAAUCCUGGAACAGAGUAUCGAGGGACGAAUUUCUUUGGAAAGAUCUCUUUUAUCACACCUUUAAAAUCGACCCCAAUGUCGGAAUCGUGCCAGGAAAAAAUUCAUGGCUUGGAGAAUUUAAACGUCUAACUUACCACACACCUUUACUGGAAACGGAAGUGCUUAAAGAUCAUGCCCAUCAAGUUCUACACGUCAGCUUUUCUCACAAUGGAAAAUUAUUUGCAACGUGUUCGAAAGAUGGUUACAUAAUCGUUUGGGAUAGUCAAUAUCCAGUAACAAUUAAAUAUCAGCAUGACAUGAAGACUUUCAGAUGGAGAUACACUCAGUUCUCACAAUUCAAUUCUACCGAUACUCUUCUUCUUGUAUCUGGAGUUCAUUUUGGAACACCACACACUACUUCCGGAGAAAUUGCUGUUUUCAGAGUUGCUCCUGGCUUUGAUCUUCAGUGUCGGAUCGUUAACAAGCCUUACGACAUAUUUGGAACCUGGUACAGCGAACGUUAUCUUUUAAGUGGAGAUGUCUAUUGGCUCGCACACUUGGUCAGCACAAGUGUACUCUGGCUAAAUAAGGCGAACCAAGAAUCGGCCAGCGAACAUGUGCCUAUUAUGAGUCAACUUUACAAAUUUUAUAAUGGUAAUGCCGCUUCAAUUAGGGCGAUAAUGGUCGCAGAUUGCUUAUCUCCAGCCCCAACCGAAACCGAAAAAUCACAAGAUCAGCCUUCCACUUCGAAUAUGCAAGAAGAAAAAGGAAAUCCCCCAAGUCACAGAGAAUUAUCUUCUACUUCAGUAAAAUGUCCGCCAUCUCAGGAACAGCCAGAAGUCUUACAUCACGCUUCAUCCAGAUUACAAUAUAGUACAUUAGAAGGUGGAUUUAUGAAUUGGCGUAAACUAGGCGACGGUUUUGAAUACGCAAAGCCAAUAAGAUACAACAAAGAAUAUCGUCAAGUUGAAAUGGAGAAAGAGGUCGCUGAAAGCGAUAGUGAAAACGAAAAUGAAAAUUCCCAGUGGGAAGAAGAAAGUGGAUCUGAUGAAUCAUCAGCAACAGAGGAUUGCGAUUUUGAUGAACUAAACGUGAAUCCCGAGAAGUUUCUUAUUUUCGCGACUGGUUCUAAAACCUAUACCCCACACCAAGUCGGUUUCAAGAGAAUCAAACCGGUUAAUUUUCCAAGGAGGCUAGAUCCUGGCCCCUCGUUGAAAGAAAGAUUGGAGCGACGAGAAAGAGAAAGAGAAGGUUCUCCGAGGCCGGAACCAAACUGGCAGGAUUACGAUUCAGUAUCAGAUAAAUUCGAUAAGGUUGAUCAUCUUAUUGAUCUUCAUGGUCAUAUUAUCGGAAUGGGACUUUCUCCAGAUCACAGGUAUCUUUAUGUAAAUACGAGACCGUGGCCAAGAGGCUAUGUUAUUUCUAAUCCAUUGCUGCCACCGCCGAUAGCUCAAGAGAUAGAUAUUCAUGUAAUCGACCUAGUCACUCUGAAACAAGUCGGGACGAUGUUGAGAGCCCAUAAAGCUUACACUCCGAAUAACGAAUGCUUUUUUAUCUUUUUGGAUGUGUGCAACGAAUAUGUGGCAAGUGGUGCGGAAGACAAACACGGAUACCUCUGGGACAGACACUACGGGGUCUGUCUGGCCAAAUUUCCCCACUCCGACGUAGUGAAUUCCGUGGCAUUUAACCCUCGUGAUCCUGAAAUGUUAGUGACAACGAGCGACGACUACACAGUAAAAGUGUGGAGAAGUCGUGCAAUGGUAAAGUCUCUCGGACUAAAUGAGGAAAACCUCGGUAAAGGUCUAGAAGUUCGAAAGAGACGUACCUAUCACAGCAAUUGCAACGUUGACUGACUAAAGACUAUCCAAUUUCCAAUUUAAAAACCUUCACCACAGUGUCUCAAAAUUACUCUGGCGUCCUUCAAAAAUCGCAAAAUAAAAAAAUCAAGAGUAAUACAUUCAUCGACCUUAAAAA